UUAUUAUUAGCCACCGACAUAAUCAUUCAUAUCUAGUUUGUAAUCAACAAACAGUUUUAUCUUAAAGAUGCUGCAUACAUACAUACAGUUGUAGUAAAGACAUGGUAAAAAAAAAAGCUCUUUACUACAUGCAAUUUGGCUUAAUCUUUAAAACGGAAAAUAUUAUUUACUGAAAACAUUCUGAAAAGGCAAUGGGGAAAAUUGUCUGUUUCCUUGCAAUCAUUUUGUGUAUAAAUGUGUGUAAAUAAAUAAAUUCCUGUGUGUUUUCUGCAGCUGUGUGAAGUGGAGCACAGGAUGCAGUGUUAACACCACCCUGUGUCUCGCAGAAGAAGCCCGGCUUCCAGACCCUCAGCAGUAGACACAUGGCGACAUUAGGGAACCCCGAGAUGUUAACCAGGAAGAUUAAACUGUGGGACAUCAACGCCCACAUCACCUGUCGUCUGUGUGAGGGGUACCUGAUCGACGCCACCACGGUCACUGAGUGCUUACACACCUUCUGCAGGAGCUGUUUGGUGAAAUACCUAGAAGAGAACAACACGUGUCCCACAUGUCGGAUUGUCAUUCACCAGAGCCAUCCACUGCAGUACAUCGGCCAUGACCGAACAAUGCAAGAUAUUGUCUAUAAGUUGGUGCCAGGGCUGCAAGAAGCGGAGAUGACAAAACAGAGAGAAUUUUAUCAGAAGUUAGGCAUGGAGGUGCCUGGAGACGUCAAAGGAGAGCUGUGUAACGUGAAAACCCACCUGGACUCACAGCGCAAUGGUGAUCUGAAAUCAGAAGAUCCAGCCAGUAAGGAAGCAGGAGAUGAGAAAGCAGAGGAGGACAAUGACUACCAUCGCAGUGAUGAGCAGGUGAGUAUCUGUCUGGAGUGUAACAGCAGUAAGCUCAGAGGACUCAAGCGGAAGUGGAUUCGUUGUUCGGCUCAGGCGACUGUUCUCCACCUCAAGAAGUUCAUCGCGAAGAAGCUAAACCUGACAUCUUUCAAUGAGCUGGACAUCUUAUGCAAUGAAGAAAUCUUGGGCAAGGACCAUACUUUGAAAUUUGUUGUGGUAACAAGAUGGAGAUUUAAGAAAUCCCCCCUCCUCCUUCAUUACAGACCUAAAAUGGAUCUGCUGUAGUUGGACAAAAAUGCUUGGUUGUUUUGGCCCAGUGGCUGAGGACUGUGCUACGUGCUAUAUAUGCAGAGACCAUCAACGCCCACACCAAACAAACACUCGUCAACACAGAUACGAGCCAGCAAACAACAAAACCAGCACAGCCACUGCGACACUGGCGACUUUUGGGAACAACCGCUUUUCUCUGUUUGUUCGUCUGCUAUAUGUCCUAUAUAUGUGAAAAAUUGAGAGAAAGCAUAUAUUUAUACUUUUGUAUAGAUGAGAGAAGUGGAACCAAGACUCUAUCGCGCUGUUUACACUAUAAAAAAAAGACAAAAAAAAGGUCAUGAGAAAAGGUUGAACUUUUUUUUUUUUUUUUUACCAUUGGACUUUGUUCCUACUUCAAUUAUGGGCAAAAAGAUGGUGCUCGGUGUCUGCCGCCCUCCGUGGAAGUGUCCACUUUUACACUGCUAACCAGAAGAGAAGAGGCGUUUCAAACUGACCGCUCUCUCUCAGGUCUUACCCAACACUUCUCGGGAGUGCGGAGCCUUUCGAAAGCUCAUAUAAAGCAGUUUAUAUGAGUGUAUUAUUUCAGAGCGGUUUCUUUCUUUACUUUUCGGCGUCGCUACGAGUGGAAUUGUGAAUAGGCAAAUUUAUGUGUAGUAUUUAUGUUCUAUUUACCAAUAUUGUAUAUAAAAGUUGUUGGUGGAGAGAAGGGAUGAAAGAUGUUAUGAAAGUGUGUGUGAAAGACUAAACGGCUAGAAAAAUAGAGACAGAUUGGAGUGGUUUUUCCAAAAAUGCU